GGGAGUGGCUUUGUGCUCAUCUGUGUGCGUCUUAGAUUUUAAGGGAAAGUCACUGGGAUCCUUUCCAUGGCAACAGAAGGAAGAGGUCUAGAUAAUCGGACUUCUGAAACCUUCAUUAGUGUUGAAUGGGCAGGGAUCCUGAUCAUGUUUGGUAGGCUAAUGGUAUGCUUGUGGGCACCCGCACCCUCGCUUUGCUUGUCUUGCCUCUCUGGGUGGCAGUGUGAGAGCAGGCAGGGCACUUACUAGGUCUCUGUAUCUCCCCGAUGAGAUUAGACACAAUAGUGGAUGUCCGUAAGAACAGAAACAUGCUGUUCAUUUGUACACACAGCAAGAUCCUCAGAGUUCUUCUGUGCAGUGUUGGAAAUCCUGUCUGCUUUAUGCAAUGUGGCCCAGAACGGUUAUGUAGUGAGGGAGUGCUGGCUGCUGGCCAGCCAUUGACUAGGAAAUCUUGGGUACCUGAGAGCUUAUCAGUUCUCUUUGCUUUGCAAAAGAAAAAAAAAAGUGAUGAAAAUGUUGGUAAACUGCCAUGAAGGUUUAAACCUGCUGGAACAAGGAGCCGUGUAAUCAGAUUGGAAAAUGGAGCUGGAAGGUCUCUGCAUGGAGAGGAGCCGUCUGUGGACCCCGUGAGCCGCUGUGCGAGUGCCUGAGCUGACCACUUUGUUAGCGAAUCAGCUUGUUUGCUGCUGCAGCAGGGUGGAAAAGACCAGAGCCUGUGAUGGCUUGAAGAUGCAGUGGACGCCAGAGCAUGCCCAGUGGCCAGAACAGCACUUUGACAUCACCUCAACCACUCGAUCUCCUGCCCACAAAGUUGAAGCCUACAGAGGUCAUUUGCAGCGCACCUACCAGUACGCCUGGGCGAAUGAUGACAUAUCUGCUCUGACUGCAUCCAACCUUCUGAAAAAAUAUGCAGAGAAGUAUUCCGGCAUUCUGGAAGGUCCUGUAGACCGACCUGUACUCAGUAGUUAUUCAGACACACCGUCAGGACUGGUGAACGGCCGGAAAAAUGAUAGCGAGCCCUGGCAGCCUUCCUUGAAUUCGGAAGCCGUUUAUCCCAUGAACUGUGUGCCAGAUGUCAUCACCGCCAGCAAAGCUGGUGUCAGUUCAGCCCUCCCUCCGGUGGACGUCUCUGCAAGCAUAGGGAGCUCCCCUGGGGUGGCCAGCAACCUGACGGAACCGAGUUACUCAAGUAGUACCUGUGGAAGUCACACAGUCCCAAGUCUUCACGCGGGGCUCCCCUCUCAGGAAUAUGCUCCAGGAUACAACGGAUCGUAUUUGCAUUCGACUUACAGCAGUCAGCCCACGCCCGCACUCCCUUCGCCUCACCCGUCGCCACUGCAUAGCUCUGGGCUCCUGCAGCCGCCGCCGCCCCCUCCUCCCCCACCAGCCCUGGUCCCAGGCUACAAUGGGACUUCCAAUCUCUCCAGUUACAGCUACCCCUCUGCCAGCUAUCCUCAGACUGCUGUGGGGUCUGGGUACAGCCCUGGUGGGGCGCCUCCUCCUCCUUCAGCAUACCUGCCUUCAGGAAUUCCUGCUCCCACCCCUCUGCCCCCCACGACCGUUCCUGGCUACACCUACCAGGGUCAUGGUUUGACACCCAUCGCGCCCUCUGCUCUGACCAACAGUUCUGCAAGUUCUCUCAAAAGGAAAGCUUUCUAUAUGGCAGGGCAAGGAGACAUGGACUCCAGUUACGGAAAUUACAGCUAUGGCCAACAGAGAUCCACACAGAGUCCUAUGUACCGAAUGCCUGACAACAGCGUUUCAAACUCGAAUCGGGGGAAUGGCUUUGACAGAAAUGCUGAAACAUCAUCCUUAGCAUUUAAGCCAACAAAGCAGCUGAUGUCCUCUGAGCAGCAAAGGAAAUUCAGCAGCCAGUCCAGUAGGGCUCUGACCCCUCCUUCCUACAGUACUGCUAAAAAUUCAUUGGGAUCAAGGUCCGGGGAAUCCUUUGGGAAGUACACGUCGCCAGUCAUGAGCGAGCAUGGGGAUGACCACAGGCAGCUCCUCGCUCAUCCAAUGCAAGGUCCGGGACUCCGUGCAGCUACCUCAUCCAACCACUCUGUGGACGAGCAACUGAAGAACACCGACACGCACCUCAUCGACUUGGUCACCAAUGAGAUCAUCACCCAAGGACCUCCUGUGGACUGGAGCGACAUAGCCGGUCUCGACCUAGUGAAGGCUGUCAUUAAGGAGGAGGUUUUGUGGCCAGUGUUGAGGUCAGAUGCGUUCAGUGGGCUGACGGCCUUGCCUCGGAGCAUCCUUCUCUUCGGACCGCGCGGAACAGGCAAAACACUAUUGGGCAGAUGCAUAGCCAGUCAGCUGGGGGCCACUUUUUUCAAAAUUGCCGGUUCUGGACUAGUUGCAAAGUGGCUAGGAGAAGCGGAGAAAAUUAUCCACGCCUCCUUCCUUGUGGCCAGGUGUCGCCAGCCCUCCGUGAUUUUUGUUAGUGACAUUGACAUGCUCCUUUCCUCUCAAGUGAGCGAGGAGCACAGUCCAGUCAGUCGGAUGAGAACGGAGUUCCUGAUGCAGCUGGACACUGUACUAACUUCGGCUGAGGACCAAAUCGUAGUAAUUUGUGCCACCAGUAAACCAGAAGAAAUAGAUGAAUCUCUUCGGAGGUACUUCAUGAAAAGACUGUUAAUCCCACUUCCUGACAGCACAGCGAGGCACCAGAUAAUAGUACAACUGCUCUCACAGCACAAUUACUGUCUCAAUGACAAGGAGUUUGCACUGCUCGUUCAGCGCACAGAAGGCUUUUCUGGACUAGACGUGGCUCAUUUGUGUCAGGAAGCUGCAGUGGGCCCUCUCCAUGCGAUGCCAGCUACAGACCUUUCAGCCAUUAUGCCCAGCCAGUUGAGGCCCGUUACAUAUCAAGACUUUGAAAAUGCUUUCUGCAAGAUACAGCCUAGCAUAUCUCAAAAAGAGCUUGAUAUGUAUGUUGAAUGGAACAAAAUGUUUGGUUGCAGUCAGUGAUAACAUCUUUAAAAAUAUUAAAAAAUAAAUUGUAAUGAAUGUUGGCACACACAAAUAAAACCCGCUACCUAGGGAAUAGAGCCCCUUUCCAGCAGUGUUUCAAUUGCAAAAGGGUACUGGGGGAAGACAACGAUUGUGUUGCGUCUUUAGAGUCAGGGUAGCUUUGGAGGAUACGUGCAUCAGAUGAGAGCCUCUGAUUCGCAAGCCCCCGAUGACAGAAAAGCUUAUCUCCGUGGAUGCUCAGAUCGGUUCAAGCUAGACCAUACUCAUCGAGAAGCAAGGCGCAAGUGUGUUGAUUUCAGAAGGACAUGAACCUCGUGUGUUGAUUCCAUUCUGCUGUUCUCGAGAUUUAGUUGCUGUCAAGUGCCUGGAGUGGUGCUUUAUUUUUUUGUUUGCCUCACAAUUACAUUGGUGGCAUGUGCUAAUAUAAAGAGCUUUAACUUCAAACAUUAUUGGGACUUAAAGAGAUGAACGGUUGUGUUACAACAGAGAACCAGAUUUUUGCCAUUUUAAGAGCAACAGUAUUCCUCAAUCCUGUCUGUUCUGCAGUGCUAAACUAAGAACAGGUAAAACAGGGUAACGGUAAUCUGGACCUUAAUUUCUGCAGUUCAUUUCUUUUAAUGUUCUUGUCUGCAAAAACUCAGGAAAGUGAUUGUGAUUUGUAUAGUACCUCAAAGGAAUGUGUUAAAAGCACUAUGUACUGCUGAGAGUAAUAGGAUAGGCUUCAAUGUUACUUUAUAUUAAAAUGUAUGUUUACCUCAACAAUUGGAGAAUAGCAAGGAAAAUUACUUUGAAUGUAUCCAGAAAAAAAAAAUACUGAAGUGUGGUACAACUGAAUAUUUACAAUUUAAAGUAGAAGUGGAAGGAUUUUUUUUAAGUUCUCUUACUAAUUAUGGGGAAUUAUUAACCAGAGCAGAACAAUUUACUGAAGAGUACUUAAUACAUUGCUCUCCUUGAUGAUUAAGUGAAAAUGUUCAUAAACGUUACACUGGUUGAUCGAAAGCUAUGUAUUCCGUUUGUGUUGGUGUUUAGAGCAGUCAGCCGCAGACAUGUUUAGGACCCUGAAAGUGACAGAACCUACUAACUGUAACUGCUUUUUACUGCCGUGGUGGAGGUGGUAGUGGUGGUGGAGAUGGUGGUAUUUUGGAAGCUCUCUCUUAAACUGCUGGGGAUGGUGUCAUUCUAUUCACUAAGAGUUUCUAGGCUUGCUGAGCUGUUUCACAGAAAGCAGAGGAUAGAACCAAAUCAAACACGCAAAUUAAUAAUAAUAAUACCAAUAAUAAUAAUAAUAAAGCAACCAACCAUAUGUAUCCGCAGAGACCCUCCCCCUGCCCUCCCCCUGCCCUCCCCCUUCCUCACCUUGACUUCCCCCUUCAUAGUGCACUUUUGCUUCUCAUCCUGAAACCCCGGCUGUAGUACGCCCAUGUUCAUUUCUACCUCAGUUUCUUUACAUUUCUUUUGGAAAGUCAAGUGAAAAAUUAGAUGUGGACAAGAUCACCACAAUGUAGCUUGCCAAAUGUGGGGGUGAUUUUUUUGCUUUGUUGUGCUCUGUUGUGUUUCCUUCCAUCUUUUGUCAUAAUCUAGUUUCCCAAGACACUAGUCUUUAUGUGUUCUUUCACCACUGAACACUUACCGCAUGGCAUAUGUGGCGUUUUCCUCACUCGUCCCACCUCUGCCCUUGCUUCCACCAGGUUGUUCUUUGUCUCCUGUAAUGCAUUAUGUGCAAGUUUUCAUUGAAAGCUGGCUGACAUUCACCAACGCCUCUCACUGUCGCAGUGCAGGACAGGGCUUCCCGUAGCCAUUGGCCGAAUCAGAACAGCCUAGCCUUUUGAAUGUAUUUUCCUGGUUUUUGUCCCUCUUUUUUUUUUCCUUUUCUUUUUUUUUUCCCUAUUUUUUUUUGUUUUGUUUUGUUUGAAUUUAGAGAUGCAGUAACUGUUGCAAAGCACUGGCAUUUUGUGUAUUCAAUGAGUGAUGUACAUUUUUAAAGUAAUUUUAAAUAAAUGCAAUGGCAGCCCCGUGAAA